AUGAACAGUCAGACCAAGUUCUUGUCCGUCUCGGGAGCUGCCGCUGCGACCCCAUUCACUAACUUUAGUAAGAUCGUCGACCCCUCCGGCAGACUCAAUUUCGGCGGAAAGGCCGUCGUCCAUUCCCAUGGCGUCGACUUCUCCAACGGAUCCUCCUUCUCUAUCAAUAUGAACGAAUUGACUCUCAUGGAAGAAUUGGGUAAAGGUAAUUAUGGUACCGUCCAGAAAGUCUUCCAUAAACCUACCAAAGUGGUCAUGGCAAUGAAAGAAAUUAGAUUAGAGUUAGAUGAUUCAAAGCUCAAAGCAAUUCUCACCGAGCUCAAUAUCUUGCAUUGA